GCAUCCGACCCUGUCAGGCGCGGCCUCAGCGCUGACUACAUCUCCCGGCAUGCCCGGCGCGAAGCGCUUUGUCCCGGGAGGAACUACAUGUCCCGGGAUGCAUUGCGGCGCGCCGCGGGCGAGUGGCGGCGCGGAGGAGGGAGGGCUGCGAGCCUUGAGCGGUGGGGCGCGGUUCUGGGCAACUCUUGCCGUGUGGCUCUUGUGGUAGUUUCUGUGGUCUCUUCGGGGUAGUACCUGGCGCGGGCAAGAGGCUCACGAUGUCCAGGAAUUUCUCCGACACAGGCAGCAGAAAAGAGCAUGUUAAAAUCACAAGUGAAUCCAAACCAGGGUUCCUGGAGAGGCUCAGCGAGACUUCGGGAGGCAUGUUAAUGGGACUUGUGACGUUUCUUCUGUCUUUCUACCUUCUUUUCACCAAUGAAGGACGAGCUUUGAGAACAGCCAAAUCUCUUGAUGAGGGACUUUCUCUUGUAAUCCCUCUUGAUAGCAUCCACAGCGUGUCUCAGCAGAAUGAAGGAAGAUUGGUGCACUUAGCUGGUGCUCUGAGUACAUCUAAGCCUUUGUUUGAUCCCAGCUAUGGGCUCUCCAUCCAGGCUGUCAAACUUAAGCGUCACGUGGAAAUGUACCAGUGGGUAGAGUAUGAAGAAUCCACGGAAUAUGAAGAGAAUGGCGAGAUUAAGAAAGAGACAAAGUACUCAUACAAUACUGAAUGGAAGUCAGAAGUUGUCAACAGCAAAAACUUUGAUCGAGAAAUUGGACACAAAAACCCAAGUGCCAUGGCUGUGGAGUCUUUCACUGCAGUUUCUCCUAACGUCCAGGUUGGCAGCUUUGUUCUUUCUAAGGGUCUUGUGGAUAAAAUUGAUAACUUCAAGCAGUUGAGUUUGUCAAACCUUGAGGAUCCACAUGCUGAUGUUACCCGAGGAGGAGAUUACUUUUACCACAGCGAGAACCCCAGGCGUCCAGAAGUAGGAGACCUUCGUGUCUCGUUCUUCUAUGCAGGCCUGAGUGGUGAAGACCCCUAUUUGGGCUCUGCUGAUAUGGUGACUGUGAUUGCUCGCCAGCGAGGUGAUCAACUGGUUCCAUAUCACACCAAGUCUGGAGAUGUCUUGCAGAUCCUGUACCCUGGAGAUCUCUCUGCAGAGGAAGUGUUUCAGAAAGAGCAUGAGAGCAACACCAUGAAGACCUGGGCCCUCCGUGCAGCAGGCUGGCUGGCAAUGUUUGUAGGUAUCAGCCUAAUGACCCGAAUCUUUUACACUUUAGUGGAUUGGUUUCCUGUUGUGAGAGAUCUGGUUAACGUUGGGUUAAAAGCAUUUGCCUUCUGCGUAGCCUGUUCACUGUCUCUCCUGACCAUCUCCAUCGGCUGGCUCUUCUACCGCCCUCUCUGGGCUGUACUCAUCGCUUGUCUCUCUGUUGUGCCAAUUGUGAUUGCCAAGUCUCGUGUGCCACCAAAGAAGCAGCAGUGAGAAGGAGCUGGUCAAGUUUUGCACUGCAUCCUGUUGCUAGUCACAUGCUAAAUAACAGCCAAGAAGAUUCUUUGAAUACCUGCACUCUGGAAGUUCUACACUCUACUGCUGAAAGUAUAACAUACUGGAAAGACUGAGGAAAAAGAAAUCAUUUGAUAGAAAAGUAUCAUCCUGAAAACAAAUCACUACUGGAAAUGCAGAAUACCUUGAUGGAAUAGCGUUGCUUCAGUCUCUCUCUGAUGAGAAGUCCUUUUGUCAGCAACUUCCAGUUCCCCAGAGCUCUUUUCUCACGCUUCUGCAGUGUGAUUUUUAUUGAAAAGAGGAAAAAUUUACUAUUGUAAAUGUCAAUGUACACCCACAGACAACAGCCAUUUAACUGCCAUUAAAAAACACUCCAGCUUUGGUCUGUCACAUUAAACCACUGUAGGAUAGUAGGAUCUUAAGAGUAAAGCAUCCUUGGUGUCCAUUUAUCUGCUGAACACUUGCAUUACUGUCACUUUCCUGUGUGCACCCUGACUGCGUAAAUUACACUGGAACCACCUCCAGAACUUUAAUCUCA